AGCCGGCCGGGCCGGGCGUGGAGGAGUCGGUGCAGGCGGGCGGGCGGCGGCGCGCUGCCCUUGGGCUGCGGUCAUGGCGUCGCGGAUCUUCCCUGUCGUCAAGUUCAUGGUCAAGGGCAGCCUGGCCGGCGGCGCGGUGUACGUGGCGUACGACCAGGGCCUGCUGGGAAGCGGCCAGCAAGGCGCCGAAGCCCUCCGCAAGGCGCAGGCGGCGCUGCCUCCAGCCAUCAAGGAAUGGACGAACUACGUCGGCUGGGAGCUUCCAUCUACUCCAAAAUUUGACUUUUCUGUCUCUGAAUCCUGGAACAAAGGAGUUCACACUGCCAUGUCGGCUCUGUCUGUAGCUCCCACCAGGGCUCGUGAAUACACCCAGAAAGGCUGGAAGUAUGUGAAGGACCUUGCUAAAUGAACACUCUCCAGGGCUUGCUGCGUCUCCGAGAUGAUGCAUAGCACGCGCCUCUGAGGGGCAGCUCAGCCACGCAAGGGCUACAAUAAAAGACUUUGGAACUUC